UCCCCCCUCGAGGCUCUGACCCCAGGGGCUAGGGGCCUGACAAGUUUCUCCACUUUGGCUGCCUGGAGAGGCCGCUACCCUGGAGGGUCCUGAGCCCACCGCACUGGGGGCCCCAGCACCGCCCCAGUGGCCUAACGCGACCAUCUCAGGGACCACUGCAAGGUUUCCAGUUGCCUAGACCAGGAGCCAGGGGUCAGAGCAACAACCCUUCCAGCCACCUGCCUCGACUUCUGCCUCAGGCACCAGCCCCAGCCCUGUGCGUCCAUCCCAGGUGACAUGCCGGUCCUCUCCACCCCCCGGUCCUCGCGGGUGAGCACGCUGAAGCGCACAGCUCUGGUCCUGGCCCUCACGGCCUAUGGAGCCCACAAAGUCUACCCUUUGGUGCGGCAGUACCUGGCAGCCACCAGAGGCCCUCAGGUACCAGCAGGGGAGUCCACACAGGAGGUGUCCGGGGCCGCAGCGGCCAAGGCCAGCGUGAACCGGGUGUUCCUGCAGCGGCUCUUGGGGCUCCUGCGGCUGCUCUUUCCCAGGACCCUGUGCCGAGAGACGGGGCUGUUGGCGCUGCACUCGGCCUUCCUGGUGAGCCGGACCUUCCUGUCCGUGUACGUGGCCCGCCUGGAUGGCCGGCUGGCGCGUGGCAUCGUGCGCAAGGACCCCCGGGCCUUCGGCUGGCAGCUCCUGCAGUGGCUCCUCAUCGCCCUCCCCGCCACCUUCAUCAACAGUGCCAUCCGGUUCCUAGAGGGCCAGCUGGCCCUGUCCUUCCGCAGCCGUCUAGUGGCCCAUGCCUACAGCCUUUACUUCUCCCAGCAGACCUACUACAGAGUCAGCAACAUGGACGGGCGGCUUCGCAACCCUGACCAGUCCCUGACGGAGGACGUGGUGGCCUUUGCCGCCUCCGUGGCCCACCUCUACUCCAACCUCACCAAGCCACUCCUGGAUGUUGCCGUGACCGCCUACACCCUGCUUCGCGCGGCCCGUUCCCGCGGGGCCGGCACAGCCUGGCCCUCAGCCAUUGCGGGCCUCGUCGUGUUCCUCACAGCCAACGUGCUGCGGGCCUUCUCACCCAAGUUUGGCGAGCUGGUGGCCGAGGAGGCGCGGAGGAAGGGAGAGCUGCGCUACAUGCACUCUCGCGUGGUGGCCAACUCCGAGGAGAUCGCCUUCUAUGGGGGCCACGAGGUGGAGCUAGCCCUCCUUCAGCAGUCCUACCAGGGCCUGGCUUCGCAGAUUCACCUCAUCCUGCUGGAGCGCCUGUGGUACAUCACACUGGAGCAGUUCCUCAUGAAGUACGUGUGGAGCGCCUCGGGCCUGCUCAUGGUGGCCGUGCCUAUCAUCACGGCCACCGGCUACGCAGAGUCAGAUCCCGAGGCAGUGAAGAAGGCGGCCUUGCAGAUGAAGGAGGAGGAGCUCGUGAGCGAGCGCACAGAAGCCUUCACCAUCGCCCGCAACCUCCUCACAGCUGCUGCAGAUGCCAUCGAGCGGAUCAUGUCAUCCUACAAGGAGGUGACGGAGCUGGCGGGCUACACAGCCCGAGUACAUGAGAUGUUCCAGGUGUUUGAAGAUGUCCAGCACUGCCGUUUCAAGAGGCCCGGGGAGCUGGAGGACACUCAGGCGGGGCCCGGGGCUGUGGCGAAGCCCGGAGCCCGCAUAGAGGGGCCCCUGCAGAUCCGAGGCCAAGUGGUAGACGUGGAACAAGGAAUUAUUUGUGAGAACAUCCCCAUCAUCACACCCACGGGAGAGGUGGUGGUGGCCAGCCUCAACAUCAGGGUGGAAGAGGGCAUGCACCUGCUCAUCACCGGCCCCAACGGCUGCGGCAAGAGCUCUCUCUUCCGGAUCCUUGGCGGCCUCUGGCCCACGUAUGGCGGCGUGCUCUACAAGCCCCCACCGCAACGCAUGUUCUACAUCCCCCAGAGGCCCUACAUGCCCGUGGGCUCCUUGCGGGACCAGGUCAUCUACCCAGACUCUGUGGAGGACAUGCAAAGGAAAGGCUAUUCAGAGCGGCACCUGGAAGCCAUCCUGGACAUUGUGCACCUGAACCACAUCCUGCAGCGGGAAGGAGGUUGGGAGGCCGAGUGCGACUGGAAGGACGUGCUGUCAGGGGGGGAGAAGCAGAGAAUCGGCAUGGCCCGCAUGUUCUACCACAGGCCCAAGUACGCCCUCCUGGAUGAGUGCACCAGCGCCGUGAGCAUUGACGUAGAAGGCAAGAUCUUCCAGGCGGCCAAGGAUGCCGGCAUUGCCCUGCUCUCCAUCACCCACCGGCCCUCCCUAUGGAAGUACCACACGCACUUGCUGCAGUUUGACGGGGAGGGUGGCUGGAAGUUCGAGAAGCUGGACUCUGCUGCUCGCCUGAGCCUGACUGAGGAGAAGCAGCGGCUUGAGCAGCAGCUGGCGGGCGUUCCCAAGAUGCAGCGGCGCCUCCAGGAGCUCUGCCAGAUCCUGGGCCAAGGCCCUAGAGUCCUCCAGGGUGCUCCUCUCCCUUGAGCCCUGGGAUCACAUGAAGGAAACGGCCUCACUCGCCCGCCCACCCCCGCGCCCGGCACGGCACUGCCGCAGGCCUACCCUGCAUGCCUUUCCCUCUCAGGCCUUCUGGCGGUGAGCCUGCCCUGCCUAGAGGACUGCCAGCAAAACCACGUGCCUCUCGGGGGGCAGGGGGGGCUUCCCUGGGUGGGGCAGGUGGUCCUUUCUUCUCUUCCAGGAGGGGCGAGGGGUGGAGUGGAGCCCCCCAGCCCAGUCUGUGUGGAGCCUUGCAUGGGGGGCUCCGCUGUCCUGACGCCGUAGUCCCCCUUAUUCCCUUCAGUCCCUGGAGACCCCACGUGGCUACCACCCAAGCGGCCCACCAAGGCUCCCACCCUGUGGGACCCCCUUCCCACUGUGGAAACGGCCAGGCAUGGCCUGCAGGCAGGCCGCUUGCGUGCCCCUCUUCCCGCCGGUUGUCUCCAGGAGCCCGCGGGAGAAAGGGCGGCACAGCAUUUCUUAGCGAGCCAUGGUAAGAAUGUAGCCCCUGCCCAUCUUGGCCCCUAGCCUUCUCUCCUUCCACAAGCUAAUUUAUUCGGUUCCUGCUUGGAGCCAUCUCGAUGGCCAAUACGAGCACCCUGCCAGCAAGGGAGAGGCGGCCUGGGCCCUGGUCCUCCCACAGGCGGCCUCGCCCUUGAGCCAAUCCCUGGCAGCCUGUGGCCCCGCCAGCCUACACUGCCAGCCGCCUCCGUGGGGUGGGGAGAGGUACAGGUCCACCAGAGGGGGAAACGGGUGCUGGGGCUGCCGGGCAUGAGGGCACCCGUGUGCCCAGCUCAGUGCCAAAGAGGGGUCAGCCAGGGGAGCUGUCUCUGCAAAGCCAGCCCCCACCCACGAGGGAGACCCCACCACAGCCACCGCAUGUGCCUUUCCAGGUCCUCAGCCCUCGAUCCCUCAGUAAAAGCCUCCUGUGGAA